AUGUCUGACACAAAGAUUGAGAGUGUCGCACAAUUUGAGGCCGAACUGAAAAAGAUUUCUGAAGUUCUUCAAGAGAAAGAGACUGAACAUACCUGGCAACUACUUGAGACGGAGCUGAAGCAUUUGGCAGCGUUAACUCGUGAAAUAGGAGGAGUGUACGACAAUUCUUUGAUUUCAUGCAUCAAAUCCUUGAAGCUACCUAUAGUGAAUUCGUUAGCCACAGAACGCACGCGUCUAUCGGGAUCAGCAUGCGAGUUGGUUGAGGAGCUUGGUCGAAGUCUCGGGCCAAAGUUUGAGGUACUAGUGGACUUCUUUAUGCCCGCUGUGCUGAAACUUUGUGCUCGUACAAACAAAAUAUUUAUCACACGCGCCCAAAAAUGCAUCACGACAAUUAUACGAACCUGCAAGAUUCCCGCACUCAUCCCGAAAUUCAAAGAAGCGCUAAAAGACCAGAAUAAAGCGUUGAGAACGAGUGCCUCCGAAUUUAUUCUUAUCAGUUUCGAGGUUAAUGAUGUUGGCGUGUUGUCUAAAUAUAUUGCGGAUUUGGAGUGGGCUAUACGUGAAGGUGCCGUUGAUUCUGCCCCGGCUGUCCGAUCAACCUCGAAAAAGAUAUUUGAAGUCUACAAAUUAAAAUUCGAUUUGCGGAUUCAAGAUUUUGUUGAUACUUUGUCUUCGACCGCUCAGAAAUACCUCGGGCUUCAAGAUAAACAGUCAAAUAAACCCGCGCGUCCUCCAAUUCGCAAAUACAACUCUGUGCUGGUGGGAAAAGAAUUACAAAAAAAACCGGUUGAGGAAAAUGAUAUCAUUAUAUUCAAGAAUCCUCCAAAUAAUAAUAAAAUAGAAAAAAUCACCACAACAAAUAAUUCAGCGACAUUUGUCAUCACUUUUGAUGAGCCUGAAUCAUCAGGCGCUUCAGGAUUUAAUGCUGCUCUCAAGCCAAAACCAAAGUUUACAUCUGCUGAACGUGUCAAUAAUAAUGUCCAAAAAUUUUCUGCGUCUGCACAACGAGUACCGAUUAAGCCUAAAAGAGCACAAACCGUUGCUGGUGUAUCAACCAAAGGCAAUGGAGUUUUGUUGAGUCUUGCUGGUGGUGCUCAAAGAGUAAAGAUUAAAGAAACAUCAUCAACUAGUAACAACAAUAAUAACGAGGAAAAAAAAAGGCAGUCGGCUGUUAAUAACAAUAAUAAGAAGCCGCUCUCCAACGUAACAAAAUCAGCGACCAAUUCUGUAUCAAAAGUAAAAUCCAAAGUCACGUCAUCAAAGCCAUCCGCUAAAGACAAAGUCACAUCAUCAAAACCGGCCGCUGACAAAGAAAAGUCCAAAGUCAUGUCAUCAAAAUCGGCCAUUGAUGAAGAAAAGCCAAAAAUCACUGCAUCAAAAGCAUCCACCGACAAAGAAAACAAUAAUAAAAGUGAUUCGCGUCAAUCAAAAAGAAAAACAUUCACCGCGAGAAACAAAAAAAGUGGUCGUUUUAGUCCAUAUAAACGCGCCACAAAACGCAUUUUUUCCAAACAACCACGAAAACCCAUACCAGAGAACUCUUCGUUAGCACGAAGACAGUUAUACUCUCAGAAAUUAGUGGAACAAAAACAACAAGAACAAUUGCAACUGCAACAAAAACAGCAGGAACAUGAACAACAUGAUGAACAGCAAAAUGAACAGCAAAAUGAACACCAAAAUGAACAGCAAAAUGAACACCAAAAUGAACACCAAAAUGAACACCAAAAUGAACACCAAAGUGUAGAGGAUAUCGGGGGAGAGGAACAGGAACAGGAACAGCAAAAUGUAGAGGAUAUUGGAGUAGAGGAGGAACAGCAGCAUAUAGAGACUGUCGAGAUAGAGGGACAACAACAGCAUACGGAGGAUAUUGAAGCAGAGGAACAUCAACAACAGCAGGAACAACAAAAUGUAGAGGUUGUCGUGUUAGAAUCAAUAUCUAUAAAUCUUGAAUGA